ACAGAGCGGCGGUGCGCAUGGUUGAUUAAACAAGAAAUUCGAAAGCGCUGUUGGAGGAGCUUUUGUACCGAGACCAAACGCCAUUUGCAAACCGUCGAAGCUUGAAUCAGGGCUCAUUCAAACUUCUCGCAGCUCGAUCUCUGACCUCGUUGUGUAUUACCACCGAUCUGGUUUUCAUUACACAUUGCUGAGACCAAGAACUUAAGCGAUGGGUCCAGGAGUACUUUUGCUUCUAGUAGCCGUAGCCGUAGCCGUUAGGACCACAGAUGCCACUGUCACAGUUCCAUUCAACAAGGAAAGGAUCGUAGCAUCCUUUGAAACAAUCGUCAUUUGCACAGUGGAAAAUGAGAACUUUGUGGGCUGGUUUAACUUAACAGACAACUCCAAAGUGGACGAUAAAUAUAUUACUAUUGAUGCAGCAAAGAAUGGUUAUAACUUUAGGCUUCCAGCCGGCAUUCCAGUGUAUGCAGCGGGCAAGUACGAGUGCCGGGGUUCCAUAAACAAGGCCACUGUUGAAUUGGAGGCUACUUGUAACCUUAAUGAUGCAAAGGAAGAGCAAGUCCUGCUACUCGGUCAAACAGGAAAAAUUGUCGUCCAGUGUCAUUCAUACCCAAGAUCAACUUUUUCGUGGACCAAGGAUGGAGCAGUACUGGACCCCAAUGCAGGUCGCCUCAAGAUGGAUGAAUAUGGCUCUAUCACCAUCUCUGAUGUACAGAAGGGAGACGGGGGGAAGUACUCAGUGGUAGCAGAUUGGAAUGGCCGUAAAACACCCGAAAAGACCUUCACUAUUAUUGUUGGAAGCAUGCCAAAAUUCACGCAUGCAGUUCCAUUACCAAGCCAGAUAGUGGGAAUCCUCAAUUACAACUUCACGUUUUGCUGCAAUGCAAGUGGAGAUAGGACUCCCACUAUUAGCUGGACCAAGAAAACUCCUUCUGCUGAGAUCGGUAUUGACUUAGCCAAUCCUAGCAAGUAUGUCAUGAAUGAUGGAUGUCUGGUAAUAAAGAACCUCCAGACUUCAGAUGUGGCUAGCUACAAAUGCCUAGCUAAGAACAACAUUGGAGAGAUCAGUGCUGAAGUUGAGGUCACUCGUAUCUCAGAACAAGCUGUUAUUACCUCUGACAUAAAAGAUGCGACCAAGGUUGUUGGUGAUGCCUUUGAAGUAGCAUGUGAGGCUACUGGUGCCUCCCCACUUUCAGUGGAGUGGAAACGGAAUGGAUCCCCUUACUUGGGUCAAGAGAAAUCUAAUGGUAAAAGUGUGAUAAAGAUCCAAUCCCUAAAGCUCAGUGAUGCUGCCCAGUUCACAUGUACUGCUAGCAAUGGUCUUCAGUUUAAUGGCAAAGAUGUUGUCUCUACAAAGUCAUUUAAACUUACAGUUGAAGCUCCUCCAACUGUGGUAUUGGAAGGAUCAAAAACUCCACUUCACUCAUUUGUUGGAAACACAAUUCCUGUAACCAUCAAAUGCCAGUUUACUGGCUUGCCCAUGCCUACUGUAGUAAUGACAAAAGAUGGAAAGGAAGUUGCCAAAGGCAACGGCACAGCUCAGCUUGAUGUGGUAACAAGUGUAACGUCAGAUUUUGGCACAUUUAUAUGCGAAGCCAACAACAAGCGUGGACGCAAGCUCAAUAACAUUAUGCUCAAGAUGGCUGUCCCCCCUGGUAAGCCAUUGGAUGUCAAAGCCAACAAGACUUGUGACACAAUAACCCUAAGUUGGAAGCACCCUGCAUCUGACGGGGGCAUGUACAUCGAAGACUACAUUAUCUCAGUGGGGUCACGCAAAGAAGCAACUAUCGAUGACAAAAAGCAGAUGUUCAAAUUGGAGUCUAAAUUUCAAAGGAAUACCAAAUACAAUGUAUCAAUUCAGGCAAGAAACAAAGCAGGACCAGGAGAAAGGGAAACUCUUUACAUCACCACAGAUAAAUAUUGUAUACCCAGUCCCCCAAAAAUCACCAGCAAACAGACAGAGUCUAAUGGUCCAGAGUACAUGGUUACAUGGGAAGCACCAGACUUUGACGGCCAUGACCCUGACCUGAAGUACAGAGUAGAGUGGACAAGAACGUCAGAACCAGUGAGUGACACGAUGAAGUCACCCUUGCUAGACGUCAUGGAAUACAUGAUCACAAAGCUAAAGAAUGGAGAUCACAAACUUGAGGUGUUUGCUGUCAACAAAGGUGGGGACAGCAUGCCAGACAGAAGGGUAUUCACCGUCAGUGACUCAGAAAAUGCCACAGCUCCACCACCAACAACUCCUCCUUUAACCACUACAACUGAACCUUCAACUACUGCAUCUUUGACAACUGUUUAUGUGAUGCCGACUUUCCCUGAUGGCAUCGUGUACACCGAUGGGAAGCCUACUACUAAUCCUACACAAGUUCCGCCAAAGGUUGGCAAGCGAACUGGCGGAAUGAGCAAGGGAGCGAUCGCGGGCAUCGUUAUUGCCGUGUUGCUGAUCGUCCUGAUCACAAUAGAUCUUUUCUGCUGCUUCUUCAAUAGUUGUGGUCUCAUCUUCUGUUGCCAAAAGGCAAUCUGUGGCGGCGGGAAAACUACCGAGAAAUAUGAGGCCGACGGAGAGAAGAAAGGUUCUGAAAUGGAGAAACUCAAACCUGAUGCAGAAAAUGUGUAACCUAAAAGAAAGAUCAGAAAAACAGCAGAAUACACCACGCAUAAAAUGAAGAUCUGUGUCUCAUGAACAAAUGAAGUCCCUCACAACAGGGACUAAGAGGCUUAGUAUGAAGGACAUAAGUUAACUUAUAAGCAGGUUUUUUCCUGUGGAUAUGUUGAAUUGCAUUAGGUUCUAUACUUAAAAUUUGAAGACAUUUAUAAGGAAAUGGUUUUUACUCGUGUGUAGCCAUAUUCCUCUCUGGGCCUCUUGGUGAUGCAAAGUGCUAAGAUUAGGAUAAUGCAAGUAGUGUAGCUAUUCAAUAGCAUUAUUUAAGGUAUGGAACAUAGUUUUGAUUUGCAAAGGAAUAAUUAUCUAUGACAUUCAGUGUGAGCAUUAGCAUAUUCCUCUUUUAGUUUAGUUUUAUCAUAUCCAUAGCGUAAAAUCUUCCUCUUUUUAUAUGUAACUUAUCGUGACUAUAACCAAACGAUCAAUGCAUUCGAUUUAGAAAAUAAGGUAGGUAUUGAUGCAUUCUUUGUGAUCUAAAUAACAUUGUCUUCCAUAGCUGUACAUCAUAAGCAGCAAUUAGGGUUAAGAUGGACCAACUAUAAUAUGCUGGUUCCACUCCUAGCACUGCCAAUAAUAACUGCGGCAAUAAUUAUACUUCGUACUUGCUGCUUAGGUGGAGAUAGAAACAAUGACAAAGUAUUGCAUUAUUAUCAUUCCCUGUUGUCUUCUGCUCUUUAUCUGUUUGAGACCAUGUUUUGUUUUUAUGGGGAGGGUAUGUUAUUGUACUUUUUUCCACUAACCUGCUAACUAAACAAGAAUUCAAGAAACUUUUAACAUAUUUUCUGGUUCAUUAUUUUUUCCAGGUUUACAUGCUUCAGGAAAAAAUAUGUGUUGCUAUAAUUAACAUAUCUUGAAUAUGGGAAACGUUUUUAUUGAAAGCUAUAUAUGCAAGUGUCGUGUUUCUAACUAUACCUAAGCAGAUAAUAUCAGGGCAUACUUUACUAAGAUGAACAUAAUUUUCUGCUAACAUUACUGUUUAUUUAUCAAUAUAAUUUUUCUAGGAUAUUUUACUACUUAAAAUAUGAUGAUAGAAAAGAUUUUUUUCCUAAAUAAACUGAGACCUGAAAUUAACGCUAA